GGCACUUAACGGUGGUGGCUGGUUCUGCGCCGGUUCCAGGAGAGGGGCGGGCGCCAUUGUGCUCAGCCGCGAACAGCUUUUCCUCAGCCACAGGCCUAAAAUUCCGAGGAGAGAGGCAGCGCUGUGGUCGCCGCGAGGAGGACGCACCCAGUUCCGUGCCGCCUCGGGAGCAGGGGAAAAACUUGAUGAACUCUUGGUGACUACUGGUGGACUUUGCUGUGGAGUGAGGUGGCAAGUGAGCUUUUAAAGGGAGAUUAUUCCAAAUGAGUAAACCUUAAGAAUGGAGUCUAAACCUUCAAGAAUUCCAAGAAGAAUUUCUGUUCAACCCUCCAACUCUUUAAGUGCUAGAAUGAUGUCUGGAAGCAGAGGAAGUAGUUUAAAUGAUAACUAUCACUCAAGAGACCCUUCAUUCAGACUGGACUCUGAAUAUCAGUCUACAUCAGCAUCUGCAUCACCAUUUCAGUCUUCAUGGUAUAGUGAGUCUGAGAUAACUCAGGGAGCACACUCAAGAUCGCAGAACCAGCAAAGGGAUCAUGAUUCAAAAAGACCUAAACUUUCUUGUACAAACUGUACUUCUACCUCAGCUGGGAGAAAUAUUGGAAAUGGUUUAAGUGCAGUAUCAGAUUCUUCUUGGAGGCAUAAUCAAGUUCCCAGAUCUUCAUCAGUGGUACUUGGAUCAUUUGGAACGGACUUAUUGAGAGAGAGGAGAGAUUUGGAGAGGAGAACGGAUUCCUCCAUUAGUAAUCUUAUGGAUUAUAGUCACCGAAGUGGUGAUUUCACAACUUCAUCAUAUGUUCAAGACAGAGUUCCUUCUUCAUAUUCACAGGGAGCAAGACCAAAAGAUAACUCACUGAGCACUUUACAAUUGAAUACAUCAUCCACAAAUCACCAUUUGCCUUCUGAACAUCAGACCAUACCAAGUUCUAGGGACUCUGGCAGAAAUUCUUUAAGAUCAAAUUUUUCUUCAAGAGAAUCAGAAUCUCCUCGAAGCAGUACACAGCCUGGAUUGUCUUAUGUUUCUAGUAGAGAUGAAACUCCAACCAUAAGCAAUUCAGAAAGGGUUGUUUCAUCUCAAAGAUCAUUUCAAGAAUCUUCUGACAAUGAAGGUAGGCGGACAACCAGGAGAUUGCUGUCACGGAUAGCUUCUAGCAUGUCAUCUACUUUUUUUCCACGAAGAUCUAGUCAGGAUUCCUUGAAUACAAGAUCAUUGAGUUCUGAAAAUUCUUACAUUUCUCCAAGAAUCUUGACAGCUUCACAGUCUCGUAGUAAUGCAGCAUCAACUACUGAAAUUCCCGAUAAUAGGCCAUCUGAAGCUUCUCAGGGAUUUCGGCUUCUUAGGCGAAGAUGGGGUUUGUCAUCUCUUAGCCAAAAUCAUAGCUCUGAGUCAGAUUCAGAAAAUUUUAACCAAGAAUCUGAAGGUAGAAAUACAGGACCAUGGUUAUCUUCCUCAUUUAGAAAUAGGUGCACACCUCUGUUUUCUAGAAGGAGGCGAGAGGGAAGAGAUGAAUCUUCGAGGAUACCUACCUCUGAUAUACCAACUAGAUCUCACAUUUUUAGAAGAGAACCAAAUGAAGUGGUUCACUUGGAAGCACAGAGUGAUCCUCUUGGAGCGGCUGCCAACCGGCCACAAGUAUCUGCACAGUCGAGCAGUGCCACGAGAAGUGGCUCCACAUCAGAUUCAGCUCAAGGUGGAAGAAAUGCAGGAAUAACAGGGAUUCUUCCUGGUUCCUUAUUCCGAUUUGCAGUCCCUCCAGCACUAGGAACUAAUUUGACCGACAAUGUCAUGAUCACUGUAGAUAUUAUUCCUUCAGGUUGGAAUUCAUCUGAUGGAAAAAGUGAUAAAACUAAAAGUGCAUCUUCAAGAGAUCCAGAAAGACUGCAGAAAAUAAAAGAGAGCCUCCUUUUAGAGGACUCUGAAGAAGAAGAAGGUGACUUAUGUAGAAUUUGUCAGAUGGCAGCUGCAUCAUCAUCUAAUUUGCUAAUAGAGCCAUGCAAGUGCACAGGAAGUUUGCAGUAUGUCCACCAAGAGUGCAUGAAAAAGUGGUUACAGGCCAAAAUUAACUCUGGUUCUUCAUUAGAGGCUGUAACCACCUGUGAACUCUGUAAAGAGAAGUUGCAGCUUAACCUGGAGGAUUUUGAUAUUCAUGAACUGCAUAGAGCUCAUGCAAAUGAACAAGCUGAGUAUGAGUUUAUCAGCUCUGGUCUCUACCUAGUUGUAUUAUUGCACUUGUGUGAACAAAGCUUUUCUGAUAUGAUGGGAAAUACAAAUGAACCAAGUACACGUGUCCGAUUUAUUAACCUUGCAAGAACUCUUCAGGCACAUAUGGAAGAUCUCGAAACUUCAGAGGAUGAUUCUGAAGAUGAUGGAGACCAUAACAGAACAUUUGAUACUGCCUAACUUCAUAUAAGACAAAUGGAUGAUCUGUGAACAAGUGUUUAUUAAAACUGGCAAUUAAGUAUGAAUCAGUUUUUGUGGGGAAAUGCCUAUUGAAUACAUUGACUGUCUGAUACAUAAAAUGAAUAUAUACAUACACAUACAUGCAUGUAUAUAUAUAUAUUCAUUCGAAGUGUUGCUGAAUUAAGAUUCUACUGCUGGACCUUUUAACAUGGCUGGCAAAUCUGACAUUUAUAAACUGAUAAUCAAAAGUAUUUUUCUUCUAGGUGAGUGGGAAAGUAUUACCCUUGUUUUAAAUAUCUGAGCAAUGCCCAUGAACGUUUUUGUGUUCUGAUUACUGUAGUCAUAUUUAUGAAAAAAUGUUCAUGUCUUAGUCUCUUAGUGGGACCCCAAAUAUGCUUUGGAAAUAAAAUGCCAAACGGCACUUAAUUAUUUUUCCUUUUAAAAUGCCUUAAGUUGUAGUCUCAUUUGGAUAAUCAUUUGUUGCCAGUGUUUAAAAAUAAAAGAAUGGGGAGGUUAUGAAGCGUGUUUAUUAUAUGUAUAAAGUUUCCACAUUUAAUUUAGAUUCUAAAUUCACCCAGCAAUAAAACGUAAUUUUUAAAAAUGUAUACAAAUAUAAAGUAUAUAAAUGAUGGGUAAGUUUUUGUAUUGAUUUGCAAAAUGCAGAUUAUAUUUGAUAGGCCAACGUAUGUAGAUAUUCCUUUUGGGAAUAUUAUAGCUGAAAUUACAUCAGAAUUGCCAGUCAAGUGCUAUUUGGUUAAAAAACAAUUACUGCAAUCUUAAGUUGAUGGAGUAUUUUUAAAUCCCAUGUUCAAAAUUUAAAACACUGGUUUUCAAUGUGUUUUUUAGUGUUGUCAUUUCUUUAUAGAUAAAUAUUAUAUAAAUAACCUGUUUGGAUCUUGGUCGUUUUUAACUGUUCCUUGGUAAUUCUGAGCAUUUGUUUGGUGACUUAAUAUUUUUCACAAACUUCAAAGAACAGAUUAUUCACUAUGAAUGGGUGUACACUGUGGUCAUGAGUUGUGUAUACUUCAUAAUACUGUAAUUUUUCCUCUGUCAGCACCUUUGGGGUACACUUUAAAACACCUUCAGGUGGCUUUAGGUUGAAGUGUUUGAUGUUAUGGCAACAAACUAAUUUUUCAGAACCCAAACAGAAACCAUGUAAUUUCUGAAAUGGGAAUAAUUUGCCCAUUCAAGUCAGUUUGUUGAUCUUAUGUAAAACAUUGGUGUGAAAUAAAGUGCAUACUGAUUGAUUUA